UACGGGUUGUCGGACGUGUUUCCCUGUCGGAAGGGCUAAGUUGCGAAAAUUGAGAAUUUUCCGCUGCCAUCGUUCGGUCGGUCGGGUCGCUGUAGACCAGCCCGAGGGGGAGUAGUGAACUGCCCGAAAGUACAGAAGAGAAUAGACACACAAAAAAAAGUUGUUGAUUUUUCCUCCCGCCACCCGACGAGGAGUACUACGAGCCGUGGUGAGAAGAUUCUUUCCGCCUGGCGCUUGGGAAGACAUUUAAUUAAAGCUAAUGAAGGACCUUCUUUGAAUAACAGUGAACUAACGCGGCGCGGACCGAUGCUCGCGUCCAGUGUCUGAGCAUCUCGAGCGUGAGGUGAGGGUGGAGCAGUGAUUUUGUUGGGUGGUUUUAGCAUCAACGCGCAAAGCCUAAUCCCCAGUUGGUUGUUUGCUUUGCUGAUUAAUUCGACCGGUUCAGUGCAGCUGCCGAGAAUACACAUUCACAUCUGCGUGUAUGUUUACACUGUAAUUCAUCACGAACACACGCUCUUUGCAUCUUUGCGAGCGCCAGGAUUAGAGUUAUCGAGUGGAAGAAGUGAAAAAGUGCCCAACGCCGACUGAACCAAACUCAAAUAGAAGUGUAUUAGGAGAGCUUUCGAAACGACAAGCGCGUGUCUACUCCUUGAGACAAGUUUAUGCGGAAAAGUCGGACCUAAGCAAACCCAAUCCCGACGGCGGCACAAGACUAACUUUGCUCCUCGGUUCUGUAUAUGUAUGUGCGAGGGGACUGUUAAACAGGGCCACCUGUGCGAGGAAGAAACCGAUUUAUUGUAAUAUCCUCACCAUCAUUCGUGUCCCCGGUCCGUGUGUUCUCGCGGGGGGGAAGUUGAAGGAAAGAAGUGGCGCGGUGAAAUGUGGUGGUUUCCGGAAAUUAAACAAGGACGAAGCUGAAAUGGCGAGCUGAAUUGAAAUUCAACCCCACUUCGAAUUCAGGGCUGGCUGGCGAACGCGGGGCGGAGCCGUGUCAAGCAAUGCUGGUGAUUAUUCUCGCAGGGGUACUUUGCAGGAUACUGGUCCUGACAGGUGUCUUCCCGCUGCAUCUGCAGCAUGUUCGAAUUCCGAGCUACAAAUUCCGGGGCGAGUCCGCCCUGCUGGAGUGCCAGUAUGAGCUGGCCGGGGGAAGCUACCAUCGAACCCGCAGCCGGACGGAGUCUCGCGGACCACGUCCUCGCCAUGACAUUUUCCAAGAAGAUUACUACAACGACGAAGAGGAAAGCAGGGGUGAGAGAAUCUACUCCGUCAAGUGGUACAAGGACAACGAAGAGUUCUACCGGUACAUCCCGUCGGCGAAUCCGACGAUCAAGAGCUACAAGAUCGAGGGCAUCCGGGUGGAUCCGGCCCAUUCCGACCAUUCAAAGGUGCUGCUGCGAUCGUUGACGCUGAAGUCUUCCGGUGUGUAUCGGUGUGAGAUAUCGGCGGAGGCGCCCAGUUUCGAUUCGGUGCAGGGCGAGGGUCGAAUGGAUGUGAUAUACAUUCCCAAGGAAGGACCCAGAAUCAGUGGUGACGGCGAUGAGCGGUCCUAUCAUAUGGGUGAAACGCUCGAGCUCAACUGCACAUCCGGUCGAUCCUUCCCGGCCUCGACCCUCCAGUGGUAUCUCAACGAUCAGCUAGUGAUGGAUCAUAAUAUGCUGGUGUCCUAUCCACUCUUCUACAACCCGCACGGUCUGAUCACCACCUUUCUGGGGCUGAACGUGAUCAUGGGACCUCAGUACUACGAGAAUGGGGUGAUGAGGAUCAAAUGCGUGGCCAGCCUUUCUCCGGUCCUGUGGAGGGAAGGAAAGGAAAGUAUUCUGCAGUGGGAGCAGCCCACCAUUGACAAUCGGGAGGCAAUGCUGCUGGUGAAAAGCACCGCCACAAACCAUCGGACGUCUAUCGGCCACCACCUGACCCUUCUAAGUGCAAUCUAUUACUUCUCGAUCUUAUUGAUGAACUUGUUAUGAAGCUAAAAGUUUCAAUUCGUUGGAUUUCCCAACAACCGGCGAAUAACAGUGUAUUAAGUUUACUAGAAUUUAUACUUUCAAGUUGAUGAGAGUGAGCUUACCACCACCUAAUUUAGGAACUGUAAUCAUUCGUGGCUUCUAGCAAAGUGAAACAAACCCCAAAACAACACUUCACGUCACAUCAGUUCUAGAGCAAUUACUUUUACUGUAAAUAUUAGUGCAAUUUGAAAGCGUAGCGUAUUUUGUACAUACAGAGAUGAUCACACCGGAAUGCGGUGAGUUACAAUUAAAGCAAGAUUUUAUAACGAAACAAAAAAA